CACUUGGUGAAGUGCACCAAAACUCGCAGUAUGCCGUGAAGUUCCGUUACGUUAGGAGCCUCCUGUCAACCGAGUUCCUCCCUCCAAAAUGAACGCCAACUACGAGCGCUCGCUGGCCAUCGUCAAGCCGGACGGCAUGAAACACCGGGACACCAUCGGGCGUCGCAUCCGCGAGGCCGGCUUCACCAUCGUCCAGUCGCGAAUCGUCCGCCUAACGCCGGAACAGGCUUCGGAGUUUUACCGAUCGAAACAGACGGAGCCGAACUACCACGCGUUGAUCGUGGCGCUGACGGAGGGUCCCAUCGAGGCGCUGUGCGUGUCCCGGAUCGAUGCCAUCGCCGAGCUGCUGUGGCUGGUCGGUCCGGAACGGCACCAGGAGGCUGUGAGAGCGGCUCCGGGGUCACUGCGGGCCAUGUUUGCCGACAGUCGGGAUGAGUUGCGGAAUGCGGUCCACGCGAGCGAAGAUCCGGAAGCGGCUCGCGCUGAGAUACGGUUCUUCUUUCCUACGCUGCUGUUGGAACCGAUCUUCAGCGAGCAGCGUCAGCACGACUACUUAGCGGCGAUGGUCAAUCCAACUUUAAUGGAAGGCUUGCUUCUGCUAGCUAAGGAAAGACCUCCGGAACCGGUCCGGUGGUCGUCGGAUUGGCUACUGCUGAACAAUCCGUACAAGCCGAAGGUCGUUUCGGCGCCGGCUGAACCGUUGUACAACGUUGGAGGGCUGAAUCGUGGCUCGGUGGAUGGGAUUUCGCAAGUCCAGGGUGGCCACGUCGGAGCUCAGUCGGAGUGCGGGUGCAGCGAGUAUCGGGCAAAGGGAUUGUGCUCUUGCUCGUUGUCGACGAUUGCCGAAAUGGAGUGAAAUAAAAUGUCUUGAUCU